GAUGCGUGACUGGCGGGGGUCACGUGACGCCGCUGGCCGGGCCUCCCAAGAUGGCGGUGUGCGUGGCAGUGAUCGCCAAGGAGAAUUACCCUCUUUACAUCCGCAGCGUCCCCAUGGAGAACGAGCUGAAGUUCCACUAUAUGGUACACACGUCCCUGGAUGUGGUGGACGAGAAGGUCUCUGCAAUGGGGAAGGCCCUGGUGGACCAGAGGGAGCUCUACCUGGGUCUGCUGUACCCCACAGAGGACUACAAGGUAUACGGCUAUGUGACUAACUCCAAGGUGAAGUUUGUCAUGGUGGUGGAUUCCUCUAACACAGCACUUCGAGACAACGAGAUUCGCAGUAUGUUCCGGAAGCUACACAACUCCUACACGGAUGUGAUGUGCAACCCCUUCUAUAACCCGGGGGACCGCAUUCAGUCCAGGGCCUUCGACAGCAUGGUGACGUCUAUGAUGAUCCAAGUCUGUUGAGCAAGAACACUGCUGCCUGUGGCUUGAAGAGAAGCAUUUUGUAUAUAGCCGUGUUGUGUAGACGUGUAUUUAUUAUCAUUUGUCUUUUCCUGAGUGUCACAGACGUGCUGCGUGGGGGCAAGGCCUGGUUUGGUGCAUGUCUACUAAAGGUCCGUGACAUCAGGUUUGGCAUUUUCUUUUUGUGUCACCAGAGGGUUUAACUAAAGAGUUUAAUGCAAGACUUCAGGGACUGGGGCAGAGGUCAGGGACUAGACAGCUGGGAGCCACUGUGCCCACUAGGCACAAAGGGGCAGGGCGAGCAGGGUGGCCGGAGCCCACAGUGCGAGGGGCCCUGGAGAGGCUGCCCUGGAGAGGCUGCAGCCGUGAGCUGCUGACAGGCCCCAGUGGGACUCAGGUGCUGGCCUCUGCUCCACCUGCUACUCCUACUGUGCCCUCCAGAGGCUGCCCAGGUGGGGUGGGGUGUAGUGCCUCCUGUGCCUAGAGCGCCACAAGGGACAGCCCACACACCUUCCUCUACAGGGAUAAGUCCUCUUGUCUCGCAUCCGGCCCCACAUCUGCACUUGUCCCAGCCUUGGGUGGCAGCCCUCACGAGAUCUAGGACACCGCGUGUGACUGCAGCGUCUCAUCUGUGGCUGCUUGCUUUGUGACCGUGAACGAGUCCUCUUCCACCUGUUAGUGCAGGGAGCUCCUAAUGGCCAGAGGGCCAGAUGGGGUUAGGAGCUGAGUCCCCUGCUGCCCCAAGCUGCCUGGGUGGUUGGGGCAGGGGGGGCUUACGUAGGAGGAGCUGAUGUAAUCAUUAUGUUUGCAUUUUGCUUUCCCGGAAGCCUGCUCAGCUAAGUCCAGAGGACAGUCCUAAUAGUUGACAUGACUGAAGUGACGGCCCCUUUUGGGGUCAGGCAUCCCAGGUUCUAGUACCCUUUGUCAUUUGGGAACAUGGCCCAUGAAGUGGGAGAGGUGCCAAGGACCUGCUGGGCCUGAGCCCCACCUGCAGUCUGCUCUGCAUUGUUUUCAGGCUAGUGCCCCAAGACAGUCGUGAGUGCCCCCCUGUCUCCCUCAAACGCUGGGGAGGGGGUCUCUGACCAGGAGGAAGGUGGCGCAGUUCCCUCUGGGGAGUGGGGAAGGCUGUAGCAUCAGUCAGCCUGGGGCUAGAAUUGGGAUAUGAACUCUACUCUGCAUUCCUUUGGAUGGCCUUCCCUUCUAACAAGCACAGGAUUAAUUUUUUAAAUUACAAAAGUAAAAAAAUAAUCAGGAGGAUGUUAAAAACACAAGUGCAGGUGGAAUUGGAAAACCUAGAGUAGGGCUGAGAAGUACCAACCAGCAGGUGUUGGUUGUGAUGCUAGUGGGCCGUGGGCCGCUCUCACACAGGACUUCUUCCCUGCAGUCCAUGGUCGAGGUUUUAGUAGUGAUCUCUGCUGCCUGACUAGUGACUCUGCAAAUUAAGUAGGGACUGCAAGUUGGGACUCCCAACAUCCACUGGAUUCAGGUGGCAGGUGGCGUACUCUUCCUUGUUCAUCUUUUUCCUUCUUCUUGCCUGGAACUUGGAUGUGAUGGCUGGAGCUCAGACAGCCAUAUUGAGAACAUGAGGAUAUGAUUUAUCCACUACGGACGGGGAGCAAAAAGCUAGCAGGAGCCUGGAUCUUUGCUGUCAUACCAGCCCUGAGCUAUUUGUGUUCAGCAAUUUUUUAAUGUGAGAAAAAUAAAUCCCUAUCUUGUGGAAG